AUGACGAAGAGAGUGUGCGAGGAGAAGAAGGAUUUCAUGCCGGAGUUGAAGAAGUUGGCUUCUAGGGUUUUGAAUUCCGGCGACAAGGCUAAAGCCAGCGGAAAGAGUCCCGCCCCCUUGAGCACGGCAUUGAAGUGUAAAAUCAUCGAGUCCCGGGUUACUCCUUUUUGCAAUCGGACGGUGCAGAAAUUCCAAAGCCUUCAAAAGGAGGAGAGCCUGAAGAAGUUGGCAAAACCAAACCCUCCUCGGCGAAGUCUGAAUCUUCUUCAACAAUGCAAGGCUUGGAGCAAACAAAGCAAUCAAUCUGUUGAGCCGAAAAGCACAGCGAAACCGAAGAAAUCCGUCUCAAAGAACCAGGCCAAAGACCGUGUGAAGGGGGAGCAAUCAGUUGAUGUUUCUUCUGUGAUCCAGGAGAUAUUCGGACGCAUUCGCAAGCUCCCUAGGCCAGAUGAUGACGGUGAUGACCUUGCGAUGGUGUCCACAUUUGACGACAUUCUGAAGGAAGAGAGGAAGAGUGCAAGAAUCGUGAGGGGCGAAGACGAAAGAGAGCGAUUGCCGCUCGAACAAGAGGAGAAGCAAGAAGAAAGGUUCAGAGCAGCAAAGAAGCUCAAGAUUAAGAUCAAAGUUUCCAAAAUUGAUGUUGCAUUUCUUAUUGGAGAUUUAAUUAGGUUUAAGAUACUUGGAUUCUAA